AUGCCUCCCCCAAACCCAGCCAACGACGAAGCUCACCAGCAGCUACUGAACACACUCGACAUCGCCCAUGCCCCCAAGUCAUUCCGCAACCACAAUUGGAAGCCUUCCCAGCGUCGAAACAAAAAUGUGAAGCAGAUGCUCUCUGAAAGUUCCAGGAAGGAAGCAUCAGUGAUGGCGACCCAAGCCAACUCGGGCGCAACCACACCAGGGACCUUCGGCGACGGCACACGAACUCCUGCUGAAGGUGCUGCACCAAACCUCUCACAAGCUACUCAGAACCUCUCUACUCUGGUCCUUGAAAAGAAUGCUCGGGCGACAAACCCGACCGGCCCUGCCGUGACCUACACCAACAUUGAAUCGGCACCCUCUUUCAAUCCUGCCUACCAACACCACUACUGCGAUAUCACCGGGUUGAGCGGCCAAUACACCGAUCCGAAGACGCGCUUGCGAUACCACGACAAGGAGAUUUUCAAGGUGAUUCGGACACUGGCUCAAGGCGUUCCCGAGAACUACUUGGAAGCCCGUGGAGCGCACACUAUCCUGAAGUAG